AUGCAUGAGUAUUGCAUAUUGAGUGAUGCAGAUAAAGUUCAGGUAAAAAAUUUGCAAGACAUAAGCAUCAGGAGCUAUCACAUAUUGGGAUACUUGACUGUUCAAAAAGAUGGAUAUGUAAGCUUGUCAUUCAACCAAAAAGAUAUGUACAACCUCAUUACUCAACAUAGGAAGAAAAAGGUGAAGGGUAGUGAUGCUAAUGCUGCAAUAAGCUACCUGAGAGGUAAAGCUGGAGAUGAUUCUUAUUUCUUUGGAAAGUAUACAUUAAGUAACGUUAAUCGAUUAGAAAAAUUAUUUUGGGCUGAUAGGACUAGCCAUAUUGAUUAUGAGUAUUUUGGGAAUGUGUUGACAUUUGCUUCGACUUACAAUAGGAACGUCUACAAUAAAUUACUUAUAUUUUCUGGUAGCAAUCAUCAUGGGCAGACUAUCAUAUUUGGAUGUGGUCUUCUUUUUCUUAAUGAGGAUAUUAGUUUAUACAAGUGGCUCUUGCAAACCUUUUUGGAAAUAAUAGGGAAUAAACACCCUAGGUUGGUUGUUACCGAUAAACAUCUUUCAAUGAGAGAAGUCAUUAAACAAGUCUAUCCCUAUGCAAUAUAUCGAUUAUAUGCAUGGCAUUUACAUAGGAAUGCAUGUGAGAAAGUUAAGAACUAUGGAUUUCUAAAUGACUUCAAGGAGUUGAUAUAUGUUAAUGCGAGUGUUGAAGAGUUUGAGGUCAAGCAGAGACACAUGGUGGAGAAGUAUAACUUAUCAAGUAACUAUUGGGCCGACCAAACUUAUGAGUUGAGAUAUUUAUGGGCUCUCGCACAUUUGAGGAACCAAUUUUUUGGACAAAUUGGGACAGCAUCCUAA